AUGGCGUCCACGACCACUACUACUACUACUGUAGCCCAACGCUUCCCAAAGACCACUCUUUUUCCUGUUAUCGAAGAAGAGACGCCCAUUCUCUCAUCGACCACUGUCGAUCUGAGCGGAAUGACUAAUUCCCAGCUUGUCAGCUACUUUUCUUCUGGGUCAAUCGCUCCUAUUCCCUUUGGAACUCCCAGUCCUUCGUUGUUCUGGCAGCCCGAGACAUCUCCAGAAGCAGGCGACAUCGGUCUCAUCUCACCAGCCCUUGCUACCGAGAAUGGACACUGUGAAGCUGUUACCCUCCAGGCUUCCACUUUUCCCUCCUCUUCCACUGUGCGCGCAUUGGAAAAUGCGCCCACCUAUGUGGUGCACGGCUUGGGGAUCUUGGGUCUCCCUGAAAAGCCGACACCGGUAAUAACCAUGUGUCCCAAAUUGAAGGAAGCAAUGUCCAUUCCGAAGCCUAAGAGCGACGAGGAGUUCAGCCCCUCAACGAGCUUUGUUGCCUCCUUCCGUGGGGCCAUAUAUGACGUUGGACGUUAUGUCCUCCCGAUCAGCUGCUUCGGCGGCAGUGAAAGACGAUGCUGGAAUCAGUUCCAAUGCAGAGGAGUGAAGCUCAUCUCGGUCUCCCGGAAAUCAACCCGAUUGACCGCUCCACGAGUGCAUCCACUGAUUCAUCCUCUCGUGCAUUUGCCUCUGAAACUGAGUCGCACGAAUGAUAUGGACAUUGUCUCUGUCUGA